ACCCUACCGGCACCUCUCUGCUAACGCCGCUCGCGCAUCCUAUUGCCCUCGCGCCACCGUCGCCGCCGCUGCAGCGAGCCACCGCCCUGCCGUCGCCUGAGGUAGACACCAAGCCACCGCCAUGGGGCGUAUGCACAGCCGCGGGAAGGGUAUCUCUUCAUCGGCGCUGCCGUACAAGAGGACUCCUCCGAUCUGGCUCAAGACAGCUACCACCGAGGUGGAGGAGAUGAUUACCAAGGCUGCGAAGAAGGGCCAGAUGCCGUCGCAGAUUGGUGUUCUGCUCCGUGACCAGCACGGCAUCCCGCUUGUCAAGAGCGUGACUGGUAGCAAGAUCCUCCGCAUCCUCAAGGCCCAUGGGUUGGCGCCGGAGAUCCCGGAGGAUCUCUACUUCCUCAUUAAGAAGGCCGUGGCGAUUAGGAAGCAUCUGGAGAGGAACAGGAAGGACAAGGACUCCAAAUUCAGACUCAUUCUUGUUGAGAGCAGGAUCCACCGCCUUGCCCGCUACUACAAGCGUACCAAGAAGCUCCCACCCACCUGGAAGUACGAGUCAACCACGGCGAGCACUCUGGUGGCCUAAGUGAUAUCCUCUGAUGGCUUGGUCUUUAGCACCUAUGAGCUUGUUCUAGAUAUGAAUUUAUGUAAUUCUUGUUAUGUCUGGAGCUGGUUAGAUGGACAAGGAACCUCAACUUUUUCUAUGUUUACUUGGAGAAUCCCAUAAACCAUUUUUGGUUUCGCAAUUCUGUCUGUUAAACGUAACAUGCAUCCAUGUUUUGUCGAGCG